AGCAGCAUUGUUUAACACAAGCAGCCCAGAGUUGCAUCACCACUCACUGCUGGCCUAAACCAGCUCGCGCCUGGAGCAGAGCACGUGUCGAGCACGUGGUGAGGAUGUCGUGGUCGUUGCUGAACACAGGCACCGCGGGGAUGCACUCGCGCUCCUGCAGAUGCUGCUUCCGAAACUACACCCUGGCAUUGGAGCCUGGGGCACCAAACAGCCGCCCCUACCUGCUGGUGUGCGGACACGUCUUCUGUGGAGCAUGCUUGCAGGACAAAGGCACACACGCAGGCUGCGAGUUUGCAUGCCCCACCUGCAAGAUGGUGACCAGGAUUCCUGGAGCCGGUGGCUUGUCUCAGCUGCCCCUGGAUUACUAUUCACUUGGAGUUGUGGCCGCAUACAACUACUUGUGCGGUGGUGUCCCACGGUCUAAACAAAACCUUGGAGGGAGCCAAGGGAAGUUGCGCCAGCCCUUGCUCACGGAUGGAGGAGCUCUCAUGGAGACCCGUGGGAUUCCGGACGAUGUCCACUUGAAUCUGACCACUGGAAAGGAGAGGCGCUGUGCAGAAUGCGAUCGGCAGAAAGCCAUCCUGUCCUGCAAGCACUGCCAAGAGGACUUUUGCGACUCUUGCUUUAAGAAGGUUCACGAAAAUGCGAAAGUGCUGAAAAACCACAAAGCGAACAAAAUUGAUCCCAGUGACUGUGAGAAUUGUGAGGUGCACGGUAAGCUGUACGCAUACUGCUGCGAGCUUGGUGACUGUGGUGGCGGUGGCAGCGGCGUCGCGUGUGCCGAUUGCAUCGUGGACUCUAAGCACAGCGACCACGACCAUACUCUGCUCGAUGCCAAGAAGGAAGAGCUGAGCAUGCAGCUUCCCAAGGCCAUCGUGGCGGGCCAGGCGAGGGUCUUAAAACUGAAGGAGGCGCUGCGAGAGUUUGAGAAGCUGCAGUCUGAGCUGCAGCUGCAGCUUCACACAGUGGUGUGCAGCAUCCAUGGGAGCAUCCACUCGCUGUGCUCCAUGGUGCAGGCCCGGGGUGCAGAGCUGGUUUUUAAACUGAAGGACAUGGAGGUUCUGCUCCACCCCAUACUGACGAGAGGAACGAGCGUUCUUCACGAGUCGCUCUUGUCGAACUGCGUCACCCUCGACACUGCCUGCAGAAUGGCUCGGGGCCAGCAGUUCUGUAUGCGGGACGUGCAGAAGGUGGUAGACCAGCUCCUGACGAUGGAUGUCCCGGAGCUGUGUUCCAUAUUGCUGGAGGACUCGCUGGAGCUGCAUCUGAAGAGGAGCCCCGUUGCUGCUGCCCCGCCAUCUCCAUCGACCACGUGGAGGCUCGUCCUCCAGCCGCUCAGUUGCUCCCUGGCGCACCGUCAGCCAGCGGUGUCAGAGAGCGUGGGCAACCUGCAGCCCGUUGAGCCCCCUCGAAGGUGUGACCUGGACCCGACACAGCUGAUGGGCCACAUUAAGGAACUCGGCACGAUUUUGUUCCCCACAAGGCUCCUGGAGUAUGGCAAAAGCAUGAGUGCGGCUGCUGGGUCAGACCGGUCUCCAGUAGGCGCCGUGCCUCUUUCGUCGAUGAAGCAGCAUCUGCAGCAGCAGCAGCAGCAGCAGGCUCACGGCAGCUGUGCCACAGCCAGAGGCCACGCAGAAAAGGGGCCAAUCAGGCCUGGCCUAAAGCUCACCCUGAACCUGCAGGUCAAUUAG